AUGCACCCAUCUGAGAGUGCUGGAACAGUGCUGGUACCGGUAGCUUUUAAUGGAACUGGUUAUAGAUCCUGGAGGAGAGGUGUUCUCAGAGCUCUUUCCGUGAAGAAUAAAGUCGGAUUCAUCACCGAAAAAUGUAAGAAGUCGGGCUCCGAUAAUGCAAAUUUCGACCAAUGGGCUCGAUGCGAUGACAUGGUGACAUCAUGGAUUCUUAACUCACUCUCAAGGGACUUGGCAAACAGUCUACAAUACGUCAGUGAUGCCAAGGAGUUAUGGCAAGAGCUGGAGGAUCGAUAUGAUCAAACCAAUGGGGCAAAGCUUUAUCAGCUUCAAAAGGAAAUAAAUGACCUUAGUCAAGGUGCUUUGGACAUCACAGGAUACUAUACAAAAAUGAAGAGACUUUGGGAGGAACUAAACACUUUAAAUGACCGUGCACAAUAUAGCUGUCAAUGCACUUGUGGAGCCAAGUAA